AGGCGGAGGCGGAGAUGAGCGUGACCAAGUUCAUCAAGUGCGUCACGGUGGGCGACGGCGCCGUCGGCAAGACAUGCAUGCUCAUCUGCUACACCAGCAACAGGUUCCCCAGUGACUACAUCCCCACAGUGUUCGACAACUUCAGCGCCAAUGUCUCCGUCGACGGCAACAUCGUCAAUCUCGGCCUAUGGGACACCGCCGGGCAAGAGGACUACAGCCGGCUGAGGCCGCUGAGCUACAGAGGAGCCGACAUCUUCGUGCUGGCCUUCUCCCUCAUCAGCAGCGCCAGCUACGAGAAUGUUCUCAAGAAGUGGAUGCCGGAGCUCCGCCGGUUCGCGCCCAAUGUCCCCAUCGUUCUUGUUGGCACCAAGCUAGAUCUGCGUGACCACAGAGCCUACCUGGCUGACCAUCCUGGCGCCUCAGCAAUCACGACUGCACAGGGCGAAGAACUCAGGAAGCAGAUCGGCGCCGCUGCUUACAUCGAAUGCAGCUCCAAGACGCAGCAGAACGUCAAGGCUGUCUUUGACACUGCCAUCAAGGUGGUCCUUCAGCCCCCAAGGAGAAGGGAGGUGAUGGCUGCCCGGAAGAAGACUAGGCGAAGCUCUGGAUGCUCCAUCAAGCACUUGAUGUGUGGUGGUACGUGCGUUGCUUAGCCAAACAGCAACCCUGGACUGACGCUGGAGAUGAAGCAUGGUGUAGUAGCAAGUGAAUUUGCUGACAUAGCAUGGAUUUCCAUCUGGUGCUUCUGUUCUAUUUAGCUACAAGUAU